AUGAAGGAAGCAGAGACGAGAGCUGACUCGGUCCACUUCUGCACAGACAACCAGAGUGUCUGCCUGUCCUCCCAAGGACUGGACCCCAUGGCAGUGGUUCCUGCAGCCCCCAGGAUGCCCAGGCGUUUGCAGGCCACCCUGGCCUCUUUGGGUGUGUUUUUGGUCUCCUGUCUUGUGGCUCUCUUCAUUGUGGUUCUACAGCACCCAAGACCUGCACUGGAGACAUCUGCUUACUUCCAAGAGUUUCUGGGAGACAAUCAUACUGGGCAGUUUCUCAAGGAACCCGACUAUUCCUACCACUCGGUCAGGGUGGCGGAGUUCCAAGAGGCUGUCCAGCUGUUUAAAGGACACAUGGAGAAUGCCAGCACCUGGAGCGUGGGGAUCCAGCUAUUGACGUGCAGAGUAGACAAUGUCAGUUCUCAGAUCCAGAUGCUCAGCGGUGAUCUGGAAAGUGCCAGUGCUGACAUCCAGAUGCUAAAAGGCCUCCUGAAGGACGCCAGUACCUUGAGUUUCCAGACCCAGGUGUUAAAGAGUUCCUUGGAGGAGACUACUUCUAAGAUUCAGAAGCUACAGGGAGAUCUAGAAGAGGCAAAUGGUUCAAAUUCCCAGAUCCAGAGUUUCUUUAAAAGCAGUUUGGAAAACACUAGCAUCGAGCUCCUUGUGUUAAACAGAGGCUUAGAAAAUGCCAACAUGGAGAUCCAGGUGUUGAAGGCAGGGUUAGAAAUGGCAAACGCUGAGGUCCGAUUGGCAAACAGUAGUUUAAAGAAUGUUAAUGCCCAGAUCCAUGUUUUAAGAGGUAAUCUGGAUAGUGUCGGUGAUUUAAGGGCCCACCAUCAGGUUUUAAGGAGUAGUUUGGAAAACACCACUGCUGAGAUGAAGAGGUUAAAGGGAAGUCUGCAAAAUGCAAAUGCUUUAAAUUCUCAGACCCAGAUCUUUAUAAGAGGCAGUUUAGACAACACCAGUGCUCAGAUCCAGGUGUUAAGAAGUCAUUUGGAAAGGGCUGGAGGUGAGAUUCACUUGUUAAAAAGAGAUUUGGAAAAUGUUACCGCCCAGACCCAAACAGCAAGCAGUCACCUGGAGCAGACAGAUGCUGAGAUGAGAGUAUUAAAAACAGAGCUGGAAAGUGCCAUUGCCUUAAGUUCCAAGAUUCAGGUGUUAAAUGGUCUUUUGAGAAAUGCCAGCCAAGAGAUACAGACUUUAAAACAAGGAAUGAGGGACGCCACAGCCUUACAGUCCCAGACCCAAAUGUUAGAGAGACGUCUGCAGGAGGCCAGAACUGAGAUCCGGACGUUAAAAAAGGAUUUGGGGAACACCAAAACACUGACGACAACAAUCCAGGAGCAGCAGAGAAGCUUGGAGUCCUUCCGCACAGCCUUGGCUUCACAGGAGCAGCUCCAGAGGACCCAAAAUCAGCUUCUCCUGCUGUUCCUGCAAGGCGGGAAGUUCUACAGUGGGAACUUGUAUUACUUUUCUUCUGCCAAGAAGACGUGGCAGGAGGCUGAGCAGUUCUGUGUGUCCCAUGGAGCCCACCUGGCCUCGGUGACCUCGGAGGAGGAGCAGGCAUUUCUGACACAGUCCACGGGUUCUGUUUACUACUGGAUCGGCCUCACUGACCGCGGUACGGAGGACAACUGGCGCUGGACAGAUGGCACAGCAUUCAAUCGUGCCAGGAGCCGUGUGUUUUGGGCUGAGAAUCAGCCGGACAACUGGCAACACGGUAUUGAGCGGUCAGAAGACUGUGUCCAACUGCAGCGGAAGUGGAAUGACAUAUCCUGCUCCACUGUCUCCCCCUGGAUCUGCAAGAAGCCUGUGAGCCAGCUGUAG